UUUUUGACCACGUUCGAUCACGUGAAACAAUCAUCCACGUGAUACAGACCGUUGCUUGGUCCUUCUAGAAGCGCCUCUAGUAAAAUGUCGACUCUGUCGACUCAAGUUGAAUACGGCUCAAACUCAAGCCGGAGAGAUAGCUCCAAGAAGUCAUCAAGCACGAAACAUUCCUCCACAUCUCGCUCCAAAUCCUCCUCCACGAAGUCCUCGUCAAAGUCCAAAGCACCGUCAACCUCAAACACACACUCCACCAGUUCUUCCAACUCAUCUCAUACCCACGUUCCCUCCGAACCUCUCGUCUAUUACCUCAAUGACCCUACACAUUCAAAUCCCGGGUACAGCUCGGCAUAUACGACGGCACUCGCAUACACAAGUGGGUACCCUCAAAAUUCAGGUGCAAGAGUAGAGAUGGAGCAGGAGAUUGUGGUGGAGUCUCAAGCCCGUGUGCAAGAAAAUAUUGACAGGUACGAGAGGCAGACGGGUGGUUGAGGGCAGUAAAUAGAAAGAAGCCUGGGAUGUUGAUUGCAAGUUCUGGACUUGUAUUACGACUUGUAACUUUAUUUGGUGUUAAACAAGAAAGGGAUGAUUGGUCGCGGAGCGGAUGCGGAAAAUAAUGUACGAAUACCUGCAAGAAUCGUACCUC